CGGAUGAGAGGCGAGCCCCCCUCAGAUCAUGGUAUGCCUGUGGGACGAUAGAUCGCUGGCAGCCUGUAGAAGUAGAGGAGUCCAGGAUGGUUCCAGUCAAAAUGGAGCCAGAUCGCAGAUGGGAGAGGAGGUUAUCAGCACAAACAAACGAAAGCAUCAUCAUGGGGUUCAAUGAAGACAGUUUAACAGACACAACUGCAGAUGGGUGUGUGGAGGAGAGUAUGUUUCUUUACCCUCAGCUGCAGGGUUUUCACAGCCUACAGGCACUGGUGCCCAGCUUGCUGCGCCAUGAAGUGGAGACGGCACUAGAGAAGCUUGAUCUCAUAUGGGACAGGACAUUUGCCUGGGAUAUGUUCUUGGACAUGAUGAGAACUCAAGCAAUAAACACUCUUCCCAACGCCGAUCUGCCCCGGCAUUUUACUGACUCCACUCGCUCUGUCCUGGUAGACUGGCUCAUUCAAGUGCAUGAGAUGAUGCAUUUUCAAGAGGAGACCCUCUAUCUGGCCAUAAACCUCCUCAACCGCUCCUUGCGUGUGAUCAAAGUGACCACAGUCAACCUGCAGCUCCUCGGCAUGGUUUGCGUUUUCCUCGCUGCAAAGAAGGAAGAGUGUCUCCUCCCUGAGGUAUCAGGACUCUGCUACUUGAUGGACCACACCUACACGAAGCAUCAGCUGCUGCGAAUGGAACGCAAAGUCCUCUUAGCGCUCAAAUUCGAUUUGUCCUACUGUCCCCCUCUACAUUUCCUCCUCGUCCUCGCCUCCAUUGCUCGCUGCAGUGCUAAGGUUGUGUGGAUGGCUCGCUAUCUUCUGGAGCUGUCUCUCCUGGAGAGCCAGUGUGUGGUGUUUCUGCCCUUGCAGUUGGCAGGAUCUGUCCUCUGCUUGUCCCGGCAAAUUCUUCAGGAACCCCUGACACCAGAAGGAGAGGCUGCUUGGUGUCUGGCCUCCAGUGUGCAUGUCGGCAGUGAGACGGCCCUGCUGAGGAUCAUGCACACUCUGGCCGGUGCCGCAGCCAAAGCCCACACUCGAGAGACCUGCGCUACUUUUAUUAAAUUCUCCUCCCCAGAAACCAUGUAUGUCAGCCUGCACCCUGGCCUUAAAAACAUUGCUGCUCUGCUGGGUGUAUGCACCUGACAUGUUUGACUCAGUAACUUUGAUGCUAGACCAGUAUCACUUGUCGAGUGUGCUCCAAAAAUCUAAGCAUGGCUCAACUAUUUGCUGUGGAUCCAGAAGAGUUGCCAUGGAAAGGAAUGAGGAAGAAGUUUGAAAGAUUUAAAAAGAAAAAUGUUUGACCAAAGAUUGUAUGCACUUUAGUAUGUAUGUGACACCUGUUUUAUGAUCUUAUCUUGCAGCCAAUUUGUAUUGAUGUGUCCUUGUCUUGUGGGCUGUCUAUCAUGUUAUUUUUGAACGUUUUAAUGUAAAAAUAAAGUGUCCGCUGCAACUGU